AUGACGCGUGCGUACAAUAGGCUGUAUCUACAAUUCGCACGUGGCAAUGAGCGGAUUGUACCGCAGAACCAGAUUAAUAUCAUCACACUCGAGCGUCACGUCCUCACUGAGGGUAUCAAAAGUUACAAAAAUGAUCCCACUGUUACUGGUGAAAUGACUUUGCUUUUAAACUCGCUCCAAACGAUUUGCAAAUUCAUCGAAAACCUUGUCCGCAAGGCACGCUUGAACGACCUUAUUGGCGUUGCUGGUCAACAAAAUGUGCAGGGAGAAGACCAAAAGAAGCUUGAUGUACUUACGAAUGAGAUUAUGGUCAAGGCCUUGAUUGCUUCUGGUCAGGCCGCCCUUCUCGUCUCGGAGGAAGAAGAGAACGUGAUCAUUGUGUCAGAACACGGCGGCCACUCCGGCAAGUACUGCAUUGUCUUCGACCCUCUCGAUGGCUCGAGCAAUAUUGAUGCAGGCGUGAACAUCGGUACUAUUUUCGGUAUCUAUCGCGUGCGCGAAGGCUCGCAGGGCUCACUCGAAGAUGUUCUGCGUCCCGGUCGUGAAAUGGUCGCGGCUGGUUACUGCAUGUACGGUUCGUCUGCCAACAUUGUGCUUUCUACAGGCAAUGGGGUAAAUGGCUUCACAUUGGACAAUUCUGUUGGUGAAUUUAUUUUGACACAUCCGAACAUCCAAAUCCCGGCCCGCGGAAAGAUCUACUCUAUUAAUGAGGGUAACUCAAUGUAUUAUCACGAGCCUGUACUCAAGUAUCUGGACUCCGUGAAAUAUCCGAAGGAUGGUAGUAAGCCUUACUCGGCCCGCUACAUUGGCUCCAUGGUGGCUGAUGUGCACCGCACUUUGCUCUACGGUGGCAUUUUCUGUUACCCUGCCGACAAAAAAUCGAAGGACGGUAAGCUUCGCCUCUUGUAUGAGGGCUUCCCUAUGGCGUACCUCGCUGAGCAAGCUGGUGGUGUGGCCACAACGGGUGAAAAGCGUGUGCUGGAUGUCGAGCCUAAGAACAUUCACGAGCGUGUGCCAAUUUUCCUUGGCUCAAAGGACGAUGUCCAGGAUCUGCUUUCCUUUUACCAGCAAUAA